GGAUAAAUGUGGUUUAAAAAAAAAAGAUAAUAGCAGUUAGAGAGCUAAAAGUGACCUUGUAAUUUUACAAACAGGGGUCUUACAGGGUUAAAUGUAAAGGAACAUGCAAUAAUUGGUAAUUGAUUUAUUAAGACUUUACAUGGUAAAUGCUGGAUACGUCUUGGGGCUUUUGAAAACAGGAGGAAGUGAGUAAUCUGACGCGGACCAGGAAGUGUUUUCCCUGGCUUUGUAUUGUGUUUUAUAGCGAGCUAAAUGCUUGCUAGCAAUGAAGAUCGAGUGAGGAAAACUUUGAUAACUCCGAAUAUUCAAUUUGGCUUUAUUUGGAAGAUAAGAUUAUCAUCGCAAAACCAACUGGUUUGUCGAGCAAUAUUAUUUGGGCGCUGUUGUUAGCCAGCCUAGAAGUGUACUGGUACAUUAGUAAUUAUGUAUCGGAUUUAGCAAUCAACUCAAGCAAAGUAUGCCAUUCUUCUUCCUGUUUGUGUACGUCAUAUGUUUUGGUGCUUUCACCAAUCAUGCUAGAUGUCUACCGCUUGAAUGACGGACGUACAUAAUCCCACCUGUAGCCUCCACUAUGGGCCAAAGAAGAAGAGGGGUGGCUGUGCACCUCCCCACCACAAGCAAAGGCUCCGACGUCCCCACCGCUACGGCCACUUUCCGCGGACAUGCCAAACACAACAUUUGCAUGGUGUCUGACUUCUUCUAUCCUAAUAUGGGGGGAGUGGAGAGCCACAUAUACGAGCUCUCCCAGUGUCUCAUUGAGAAAGGGCACAAGGUGGUUGUGGCCACCCAUGCUUAUGGCAACAGGACAGGGAUUCGCUACCUGACCAAUGGGCUCAAGGUGUACUACCUGCCCCUCCAGGUGAUGUACAACCAAUCUACCAUCACCACCUGCCUCCACAGCCUGCCUUUGCUGCGCUGUGUGUUUGUAAGGGAGCGCAUCUCUGUGGUGCAUGCGCACAGUUCCUUCUCCGCCAUGGCCCAUGAUGCACUGUUCCACGCCAAGACCAUGGGUAUCAACACCGUGUUCACCGACCACUCUCUCUUCGGAUUCGCUGACGUGAGCUCCGUGCUGACCAAUAAGCUACUGACAGUGACGCUGUGCGACACCAAUCACACGGUGUGUGUGUCGUACACCAGCAAGGAGAACACCGUGCUGCGAGCGGGGCUCAACCCAGAGAUCGUCUCGGUCAUCCCCAACGCUGUGGAGCCCACAGACUUCACCCCCGACCCAUCCCGACGCCAACAGGACUCCAUCACCAUAGUGGUGGUCAGCCGCCUCGUCUACCGCAAAGGUAUUGAUCUCCUCGGUGGUAUUAUUCCCAAACUCUGUCUCAAACACCUCGAUCUACAUUUCCUCAUUGGGGGAGAGGGGCCUAAGAGGAUUGUGUUGGAGGAAGUGAGGGAGAAAUACCAGCUCCAUGACAGGGUUCGUCUGCUCGGGGCUCUGGAACACAAAGACGUGCGAGGCGUUCUGGUGCAAGGCCACAUCUUCCUCAACACCUCCUUGACAGAAGCCUUCUGCAUGGCCAUAGUGGAGGGGGCCAGCUGUGGUCUGCAGGUGGUCAGUACCCGAGUAGGGGGCAUCCCGGAGGUUCUGCCGGAGGAUCUGAUCACCCUCUGCGAGCCCAACGUGCGUUCUCUGUGCGAAGGCCUGGAGAGCGUCAUCGCCAGGCAACGGGCGGGCGCCGUCCCCUCGCCCGCCUCCAUCCACGCCCGAGUGUGCACCCUUUACACCUGGAGGAACGUGGCCGAGCGGACGGAAAAGGUCUAUGACAAGGUGGUGGGACAGGAGGUCCUUCCCCUGGACAGAAGGUUGUUCCGGUUGAGGUCUCACUGUGGCCCCGUGGCCGGCGCCAUCUUCUCCUUCGUGGCCAUCCUUGACUUCCUCUUCCUGCUCCUCCUCCAGUGGCUCCGCCCAGACCGCGUCAUGGACGUCGCCAUGGACGCCACAGGCCCCCAGGGGCGGUGGGGGAGGGGAUUGGAUUGUAGGAAAAGUAUUACUUUGAAAAGUGUCACGAUGAAGGACCCAGCUGUGGGCCAGACCAGAUGAUGACAUUGGCUGUCCUGCAGCACAGCCACACGCUCCUCCUAAACAAUCCUACUGACAUCAACAGACACUACUGCCCCUACUAGUAGGAGUGUAAGUGUUAGCUAUCUGUUGUGAUCUGUAGGUGUUUCACAAGCAUUCAACUGUGUUCAGACCACUUGUGUUGCAUAUCAAUGGAGUACCAGUUUUUAAGGACCAUCUGUAGAUUGCUUCUCACAUUUAGAGGGAUGCCAGUUUGUCUUGCUCAGGUAAAGAUGGGUGUGGAUAAGGUUAGGACUUGCACAUCACAUAGUGUGAGACUUUUUUAAAACCCUUGCUUUAACCCUGGAAAUAUUUGUAUACUUUGUUUUUAGAUUGCUUUUUUGGGUGACUGCAUUGAAUAAAGAAGGGGGGGUGGGUGGGGUGGUGACAGUACUGGAUCCUCCAGUGAGAAAGGAAGGAAAGGAUACUUGCCAUUCAGAGACCAAGGACGAAGCACUCUUAGUGUUGGCUACAACAGGAAGUCAGGAUCAAUUGUGUUUGGACUUUACAAUGUUCCUGUUUUGGUGUUUCCUAUAUUUGCAAAGUUUACAUCUCUAAUUGAUACAACUUGGAUAAGUUUUCUGAUUUUAUGAUUUCACGGAUGUUUGUCAGGACUCAGGAGGCAUCUUUGUUUAGGCCUCAUGUAAUGGAUAACUUUAUGCGAAUCAAGGCUUUUUCGGUCUGUGUGAAAUGAGGGAAAAAUCUGUUUUUAUAUUUUCUUUUGGGAAAUCAAAAAAUGUACUACCUGUCACAUUGGUUUUAAUAGUGGUGGGUGUAAGGUCAUAUUAUUGGAAGAUGUAUCCGGAUAUUGUCUUUGGCACAGUUUUCUGAAGGGCUUUUCAAAGUUACUCAUGUCAACCCUCCUGAAGAUUAAAUCACUGUGUACAUUACAUGACAUCUUUCAGCAUCCGUUGUCCUGGGAAAAACAAACAUACAGCACAACGUUUGCAUUGUAAGCCAAUAGAACGUGGCUCAUUCAUACUUUAUCUCCAUAAUAUGAAUGAGUCAGUGACUGUAAAAACAAGUAUGCGUGCAGACAUGAUCAACCAGAGACCGGUUUAUCGUCAAGUACGUUUUCACUUACAAUUUGCUCGAGGGAUAUUUGGCAGUUAUAGAAGGAGCUUGGGUUUGAUUUAUGUUGUCAACAUGAUGUACAGGAUAUAUAAGUGCAGCAGAUAAAUCAAGGACUAAACGUGCACAGUUGUAACCGUAUUACAGUGAUUAUAUCUAAGGAACGGCCUGUCUUUUAUGAGACGGUGCUACAAUAACAAUCUUAAUCCCACAGAUAGGGCAACAAUAACACCAGAUCUCAAGAAAAACAUUGGACAGGUUACAGUGAUGUGCUGCACGUGCUACAAACUGCUGUAUUUAUGUGUACAUUUGAUCCCAUUAUCCAAGUAAGAUUGAUUAUGACACUGAAUCUCACUGCCACAUCAGAAUGUAUUACUCAGGUGUGUGUGUGUAACAGAUACAUAGAUAAAAAGAUCAUUGUGAUCUGGUUACAUCCAACCUCUUCGGUCAUUUGACUAUCACUGUACCAGCCUCUCUGCAAAUUAAAAACCAUUGGUGGAAGGGCCUUCUCAUACACUGCUCCUAAACUGUGGAUCUCACUACCUGGUUCCAUCAGAAAUGUUCCUUUGCUUGGCCAAUUUUGAGCAUUGAAUAAAAAUUUACAGUACCUUUUCAAUCAG